UUGUGUGCGGUGCGCGUUUCCUAUUUACGCGGAGAAUAAAGCACAUCUCUCGAGCUGAGGCUGUGCAGUUCUCGCUGGCGCGAAUUCGCGACGGUAUCAUGAAGUGACCGCGCGACAUUCGUUGCAUUAUUAUAGAAGAGAGAGAGAGUUUCGAUCGAGAAGUUCUUUCUCUCUCUCAGUUUGCUAUCCACAUAAGCCAGUCGAUAUAGAAAGGCGCGCGCGCGAGUGCAUCGCGGUAUAUAUGUCAUACCUUCUCAGGUGGAGCGCUCGAACUGCAGCGCGACCUUGAACUUAUUUUGUUCGCGCAACUGCGCGCGGGGAGACACAAAAAAGAAGUGCAACGUGUUCGAAGCCAGCGAUAUACCUUUGCACAUCGGUGUGUGGCAUCUUUUACGUAGCUGCAUAUAGUGCGCGAAUUAAUUGGUGGCUCGACGAUCGAUCAUUUCGCGUUAUAGAACGCGUUGGCGGUGGCGUUGAAAAUUUUGAGCGCCGCGACGAAGUAGCUUUGGCAGCUACUUACCCUGCGCCUGACAGAUACAGAGACAGAGAGCGUAAUUUAACUAAUUGCCUUAAACUACUUAGGAUAUAAAUAACGUUAACAUUUCAUAACGCCGUUUACGCGCCUUAUUAUUAUCACUGUAUACAAGCUUAUAGUUCGAUUAGUCUGUGGAUUUGUAUAAACGUCUACGAUAUUUUUGAUACUAUACUCGAAAUUAUUAAUCGAGACACGUGCGAUCUCGAGAAUCUGCAAAAACGAGUCGGCAGCAGCAGUACACGCGCGCCGCAGCAGCAGUUUGACAUUAAAGCUCUGCCGCGCGCACCUUGAGAAAGCAGAUCUUCUGCGUCCACCCUGAGGCUGUGCGUGCCUCUUCUGCAUAAGUGCGUGCAUUUAGCAGCGCAAAUGGCCAAAUUGUCGUCCGGCUAUGACAUGCCGCUCGUCGGGCUCGGCACGUGGCAGGCCAAACCGGAAGAAAUGGAGCAGGUGAUAACCACGGCGCUCCAAGCUGGUUACAGACAUAUCGACACUGCAUUUAACUACAAUAACGAGGAGUCCAUAGGUAAGAGUCUCAAGAAGUGGUUCGCCGAGGGCGGCAAACGCGAGGAUCUCUUCGUCACGACGAAGCUGCCGAACUUUGGAAAUCGGCCGGCCGACGUCGAGAAGUACCUCAAGCUGUCGUUGGAGAAGCUCGGCUUGGACUACGUCGACAUGUAUCUCGUGCACAUGCCGUUCUCCUUCGUCAAGGACGAAAAUUCCGAGACUCAAGCCAAAGACGCCGAGGGCUCUUUCAUUCUUGACGUUCAGGAUCCAGUACAAGUGUGGAAGGAAAUGGAGAAACUCGUAAAAUCCGGGCGCGCGCGCUCCAUCGGCCUGAGUAACUUUAACAUCGACCAAGUGCAAAGAAUUUUGAACAACUCCGAAAUAAAACCCAGCAAUUUACAAGUAGAGUUGCACGCUUACAUGCAGCAACGGCCUCUGCGCACCUUCUGCGCGGGACACUCGAUCGUCGUGACGGCCUACAGUCCGCUCGGCUCGCCAGGUGCCAAGCAGCACUUCCAGGCCAAGUACAAUUACAGUCCCGACAAAUUCCCGGAUCUGCUGGGGCACCCGGUGGUGAAGAGGAUCGCCGAGGAGCACGGCAAAACGACGGCGCAGAUCUUAAUCAGGCACGCGGUGCAGGCCGGCGUCGUGGUCAUACCCAAGAGCUCGAAUCCCGAGCGAAUCAAGUCCAACGUCGACGUGUUCGAGUUCAAACUCACGGACGAGCAGAUGCAGGAAUUGGACGGCUUGGAUCAGGCCGAGAAAGGACGGAUAUUCGAUUUUCGCUUUUUCAAAGGCGUCGAGGAGCAUCCGGAAUAUCCUUUCAAAAAUGAGCUCAAAUGAACAUCAACGAUCUCUGAAGAAAACAAACUUUUUUUAAGAUAUCGAUAUAGUUCAUUAAAAUAUAAUAAAUUU